AUGAGUUCAGCAGCUACCGGGCAACAACUCAUCUACGGUUCCUGGGCUCCCAACAGUCCCAACAAUGCAGCGUCAAAGGAACACUGUGUACAACUCAUAACCAAUGAAUACAAAUGGGAUGAUGCCCAAUGUGAACAAAGAUAUGGUUUCAUAUGUGAAGAGCAUUAUCUUAUCAACAAAAGUGAUGAUAAUUUUAGUCAUAAACGAGAUGCCAUAAAUCACAAAAAUUCUGAAAUUAUAUCGCAGUUUGAGAUCACUCAGUCCAAAGUGAAAAAAUCCAUUGUGGCUGCUGGAAAUGUUUCAGAGCAACAAAUUGAUGAAUAUUCAAAAUUCACAGAAGAAAAUUUGAAAAGUUUUGAGAAAUCUUUAAAAGCUGUUUUCUUGAGUAAACCCCAUCUUCGAGUGAUAUGGGCUGAUAUUGGCGAAUCCAUACUCGAGCUACAUUUGAAAUUACAGCAGAAGCAGGUUAAUCUAGCUGAUGAAGCCGUUGAAAAAUUAACUGAAGUCAACUCGAAUCUUGCAGAUAUUGUGGACAAAACAAAUAAUGAGUUUUAUUCAAAAUUAAAGCAAAGCAAAUAUGAAGUGGCAGAGAUUUUGGAAUGA